AUGGGCUGGGUCGCCUUCCGCAGCUCGUAUUUGGCUCACUUUAUCCGCGUCAACGAGAGCCUAAUCAAGCUCACCGACGCCUUUCGAGCCCUUCACGCCUCGGACGCCGUCUCAUGGCAGUGGUUCGUCGUCACAGGCAGUCAGGUCCCACUCGGUCUCCUCAUCGGCAUUUUCUGCCCUGCACAGCUGGAAGCGAUUCUACUUGCAGUCGUUGUGACCCCGAUGGGGCUUGCGCUCGCAGGCGCACUCGGCGUACCGGCGCAGUUUGAUGCGCUUUUGAGUCUUCUCCUGGCUGCGUCCAUUGCGACCCACAUGCGUAUCGGGUUCUACAUCUCGUUCUAUGCUGUUUACACACGUAUUGUGUCUGGUCUUCUGCCAUCGUCGUGGUCGACAACGCGCCAGGAUGCGACUGCGCUCGUGUGCGGGGCCGUCCUUGAGUCGGCGUCGGCGCUGAUCGGGGCCGGUCUCAUCCUAACGAGCAUCGCUGUUUGCUUUGAGCCCAAGAUUGUACGCGUCCUCAUACUUCUCGGUGGGCUCGGGCCGCUCGUGCGUCAGUUCCGCGACAUUGCCACGCAAUCCAUCUAG